AUGGCGGUUUCUUCAUCUCCGAUUCUCUCUCCAUUCGGAGUGAAUAUAAUAUCUCCGGACUUUGGCUCGUCUUCUACCGGUCUUCCCCGCUUCAAUUUCUGCUCCAUACAACGCAACAAUCGACGGCCAUCCCCUGUCAUCGUCCUCUCUUCGAAGUCGAGUAAGGAAUCGUGGAGUCAGGCCAAGCGAGUGUUGAUGGAGCAGUACGGUUUCAACCCCGACGAGGCCUUAUCUGAGCCGUCUCCGAAGAGCAAGAGGAAGAAGGAGCUAAAAGAGGCAGGAAAAGACAAGCAAAUCUCACCAAAGGAGCCUAAGCCCCCGCGAACUACCCAUAAGUUGCUUACGGUGCUUGGAGGAAAGGCUCGAAGAAUGAAGUUGCUCUCUCCAAAGGGCAUGGAUGUACGCCCAAUGAUGGAGGUCGUCAAAGGUGCAGCCUUUGAUAUCCUGCAGGCUGCCGGUGGCUGUCCUGCAUCCUUAAGGCCUGGCCGUUGGUUAGACUUGUACAGUGGUACAGGAUCUGUUGGAAUUGAAGCUAUUAGUCGAGGAUGUUCUGAGGUACAUUUUGUUGAGAUGGAUCCAUGGGUCGUUUCAGAUGUUUUACGUCCAAACUUGGAAUGGACUGGGUUUCUUGAUGUUUCAGUUAUACAUACUGUUCGCGUUGAAAAGUUCAUAGAACGUGCAAAGCAACUUGCAGGUAAAGAACCAUUUGAUUACAUUAGUGUUACCCCUCCGUAUAUGGAAGUUGACUAUGCUGUACUCAUGGAUCAAAUAUCAAAUUCAGCCUUAGUUGGAGAAGAUACCUUUAUAGUAGUUGAGUACCCACUAAGGACUGACAUGCUGGAUUCAUGUGGAUGCCUUGUGAAGAUAACCGAUCGUCGGUUUGGUAGGACACACUUGGUUAUUUAUGGACCCAAGUGGGCCGAGAAGACGAAGAAGAAAGAAAAGUUACUUCGGGGAGUAGCAGUAGAAGUUUGA